UGCAGUUUGAUCUUUUUUCCGUUCGAUUCAUUCUUUUGCUUGUCUUUAAAAAACACAAACAUUUAUGCUUUUGUUGUAGCAAGCAUAUGAUAGAGAAGGCUCAACUUCGUAUAACCAUCCAAAAGAAAAGGAAUGAUUCAAUUAUAAGACAAUCACGCGCUGAUAUUGCUCAACUCCUCCAGAUUGGCCAGCUAGAUCAAGCCUUUGCCAGGGUUGAGAGACUGUUCAAGGAUCAGAAUCUAUUAGCCGCAUAUGAUCAAAUUAAUGAUUUCUGUGAAUGCAUCUUCACCAAUUUCCCCCAUCUUUGCGAACAAAGGGACGUACAAUCUUUGCCAAUUGAUGUUCGCCAAGCUUUGGCGAAUUUGAUAUUUGCUGCCUCAAGAUGUGGUGAGUUGCCAGAGCUAAAUUUGUUGCGGCAUUUUUUUAGAGCUCGUUAUGGUUGUGAAUUUGAGACCACCAAUGUUGAAUUACGACAUGAAAAUAUUGUGACUUCUCAGAUAAAGCAGAACCUAUGCAAACUUGUAAUAUCUUAUGAUGAGAUGCUCCAACUGAUAAGUGAAAUAGCUAAAGAACACACACUUGAUUUGAAGUUUUGGGAUUUUGAACAAAGUUAGUGCACCAUGCAAUGCUACGUUUACA